AUGGAGGAAGCUCACAAGUACGUGUUCGCGGACUUGGAUGCGCUGAACGAGGACGCGCUCACCUGCGUGAUUGGGAGCCCCGACCGCAGUGCGAAGCUGCGACUGGCCCCGCUGGAUGCCAAGUGGGGAGGGAACAUCGAGUCCAUGUGCGGGACCUCGUUCUACUUGAUGCCGGACGGCAUGGAGCGCUUCCGAGCUGCCGGGUGGGCCGUGCGCGUGAAGAGCGAGCCAAACGAUCAGUUGCUGGAGGAAAUGCUCAGGAAAAACCUCUCGGAGAACGACUACGAGCCAAAUUGGUUCUCAUCCAAGACGCUGGUGCUGCUCGGCAGUGAGCUGAGUGACUCGUUGCGUCAGUUGGUCGAGAGGCACCUGGAGUCGGGCUGGCGCGUGCGCUUCUACAGCUUCAACCCUCGAGGAGCGCGGAUGUCCGUGCGCCUCAAGGAGAAGUACCCUUCGAGCUUCAAGAACAAGUAUUUGGAUGGUGUGGACUGGGAGCUGAUGCGGACUGGGAGCUGAUGCGGACGGGAGACGUGGAGUCGAUGUGCCGACCGCUUAACGACGUCAACAGCGUUGGCAAUGAUCGGUUUGUGUUUCUCGAUGUGGACCCCAUCAGCGCAAGACUGGCUGAGUUACCUGGAUAUCGCUUGAAUGUCGACCUGUUGACGCAGAUGCUGUGUGGAGCUGAUCGAACGAAAGUG